GGCCCCCGGUGAGAAUGAGUUUGAUACCCCUCUUAUAGAGUGAUCCUGAAAUUAAAAUCCCACUGGGAAAGACAGUGGACCCUGUCUGUGUUCUUUUUUUAUUUGGCCAGAGAGAGACCUGUAAUUGAUGACAUCCAUCCCUUCAUGUUUGUGUCGAGCACUGGGGGUUGUGGGGAGGAGCUUAAGAAUGCUUGGAAUGAAUGAAUCUGAAGGCCCAGCAAAGGGAUUGAAAAAUAACGCAGGAGGGAAAACGGAAGAAAGAAAGGAAGGAAAUGGAAGACCAUUGGAGCCCUUGGCAGCAACACCUGAAGGAGGAAAAGGGGAGGAGAGGAGCUGAAUUGUCUUGGAGGCCGAGCUGCGUGCCAUUGGUUGCCUGUACCAGUCUUACUGCAUGAAGAGGGUAGACUUUAGUGAUUUCUUUGAGUAAUAGUGCUUUUUUGCUUUUUGUUACAAGUCACAGAGAAGUUUGCCAGUAUAACUAAAAUUGUGUAUUGCUAUUCUCUCCUUUGUAAAGUGGCAUUUAUACAAUUAUUACUGGUAAUUUGACCUUAGGUUAGAAAGUCACUGUUUAGGGAUUUAAAGAUUCACAAGUGUAGAAAUUCCCAUUCUAUAAAUGAUUAGGGAAAACCAUUAGACGUGAAAUGUUUACUUUGAGGCUACAUCUGAAGCUCGUGUUCUAAAGGCAGAUUUAAGAAGGCAGAAUAUAAUGUGAACAUGGCUCAAUGACGAUGAUUUAAGUUGCAUGUUACUGAGCUUCCUUAGGGACAGAGAUGUAGCACAGAAUGAAUUAAGCACUGGAAAUCACACCUUAAUGAUAUGGUGCUGUCUUUAUGUGUUCUGUUGCUUUAAGCGAAUUGUGUGGGCUGUUAUCUCCUGAGAAAUCCCUGUGAGUAGUAUUAGUAAUACUUUAUAAGUAGGUUAGGAGAAUUAAUUUGCUUUUGUAAAGCGUUUUGAAAUUCUUAGAUGAAAGGCUCCGUAUGGAGCAAAUCGGUAUGAGCCUGUUUUCCCUUCUCUGAGCCGGGAGAAAAUAGGCACCUUAGGGUGGGAAGGUUGAUUUACCUUUUGGAGUUCUGGGUUACUUUUAUGGAAUGUGAAGUGGGUUUUGGAAGUUCCCAAGAAUAUGGUUAACGAUAAAAACAAACAUUUCUUGGAUUUGGGAGUUGGAAUUAGCUAUGUGUUUUCAUCCAAGAUUUAAAACAGGUUUAAAUAUCAGUUGGUAAUUGGCCAGACUUGGGGGCAAAAUGUGGCGCCUUCUUGAUCCUGGGCCCCGACUUUGUUUUGCUCUUGCUUUUUUCCGAGAAGGGUAAGGCUGAAAAGCAGUCAACUUUUAUUUUCAAUGAGUAAAACGAAAAGCAAGAGCAUUUCAUUCUCUUAAGCUGUUCUCUGCAAUUAAAUCUUUUCUUGCCAAGUAACUUGCAAUAGUAUUGGACCAAAGUUUUUCGUCUACAUUCAUUUAUACAUUCAAAUGUGCAUACUCAAACGCAUCCAUGUGAAAACAGCUUUGCUUGGAAGAUUUAUAUACCUCCUUGCUUUAGAGAAGCCAGCAGUAUAAUAGGGUAGAAUAAUAUAUAUGCACAAGUACCCAUAACGUGUGGUGUUUUUGAAAAAUGUAUGCUUCUUCCUCUACUACCCCUACUUAAAACCAAAUUAUUCCGUUUUAAUGUUAUGUGUACUUGCUGCUCAUGUGACUGCUGAGCGGAGGCCUUUCUCCAGCUGUACUGGAAUUCCCAGUAAACUGGUGGGUGAAUUUUCCAAUCUAGGUUAGUCGCCUGAUUUACAGCAUUCACUUUUAUAUUCAUAUAACAAAUUGUGUUUAAAAUCUUUACAGCUUUGCUCACCUUUUAGGGUUCAGAGUUACUAUCCAUUCAAUCUGUGGCUUUUAGGUUUUCACAGCUUUCAAAUAAACAGCUCUUUUGCAGAGAAUGUACUCACUUUAUCCUUCCACCACCCUUGGAUGGUGGAACCAAAGAUCACCUGGGUAAUACCUCUCGCGCCCCCACCCCGCCCCCAUUUUUUAGCUUGCUCUAGCACUGAAAUACACUUUGUGAAUACCCUCGACCUCCCAUGGGGUAGGUUGGAGGAUGUUGGGCCUUUGAGGGCUUUUGAGGGCCCGUGAAAGUAAUUGACUCAAUUUACAUUUGUAUAAUGAAUUGAGUUACAAACAACCACCUUGCAAAUAGACCCUUAGAAGUCCGCCUGUUUGUGUAGUGGUUCUGCGCGUCAAGCUCCUUGGCCUUAGGGGCAGUUUGUAACUUGGCCAGAUUUAGUUUUCCAAAAGAUAAAAAUAAAAAUAAGGAAGAUCCUUUGAAUCAUAGUAAGAAUGAAAGAUGAAGGUCGACUUAACUCCAAUAUGUGACAGCAAGUGUUUUAAACUGCAGGACCUUUAGUUUCCCCUCAGUUUUGUCAUAAAUCACCCAGGUGUUUCUUUGAAAGCUACACGACACUGUCAGAAAACGCCAAAAGAACACCUAUCGCUCGAGCGGAUGUUCCUGGAGCCUAGGGUUGGGAUGCAUUGUCGCGUCUGUGUUGUGCGCGUGUGCCGCUCGGGCGGCGCGCGCUGGGGCGGGGCUUCCUGGCGACGCCGCCGGGGCGCAUGGGCGUUCGGCAGCCUCCGCUCCGACCGACCCAUUCAAUUUCCGCCGUUGUCGGAAACCCUGCGCAGGCCGUUAGCAGAGCGCUAGCUGAGCCCCCGCGGUCACCAGCAUGACAGAUGAAAAGGAUCCCCUGCGGGGACACGAGGAGAAGGCGGAGGAGCCGGCGGUGCGUACCGUCACCAGUAGUGCGCACUCUGUGAAGCAGGCGGCGGAGGACGAAGAGCCCAUGAAGGUGGAAGUGGCGCUGGGGGCUGAUGGCUGCUCUGACAGCUGCUCUGACGGCUGCUCUGACGGCUGCUCUGACGACUUCAGCUUCGGGGAGGCCCACAUAGAUCCAAAUCUCCUGGGGCUUGCGGCCGACGAGGAGAAGUGCCGGAAUAUCCGCAAGCAGUACCGGCAGCUCAUCCAUAACGUCCAGCAGAACCGGGAAGACAUAGUGAACACGGCGAGCGACUCCUUAACCGAGGCCCUGGAGGAAGCCAAUGUCCUGUUCGAUGGAGUGAGCCGAACAAGAGAAGCAGCUCUCGAUGCCCAGUUCCUUGUUUUGGCUUCUGAUUUGGGUAAAGAAAAAGCCAAGCAGCUAAAUUCUGAUAUGAACUAUUUUAAUCAAGUUGCAUUUUGUGACUUUCUGUUUAUAUUUGUGGGCAUGAACUGGAUGGAAGAUGAUGAGCACAAUGAGUUGAGCGGCUGUGAUGAUAAUAUAGCUCUUUCCUUCUGGGAGACAGUGCACAAAGAAGCAGCGUCCUGGAUGUUGCGAGCUGAAACAUUCCACUUUAUCUUUGGUUCCUUCAAGUCGCAUUCUUCUGCACCAAAACACCGAUCUGAACACCAUAAAAAAGCUCACAGAAUGGAAGAAAAUGGGGAUAUGCCUACAAAGCUGAGGAGGCUGGACCUGAGUAGUAAUCAAGAAGCCACAGAAAAAGAAGUGGAAAGAAUCUUGGGAUUGUUGCAGACGUACUUUCGAAAGUAUCCUGAUACUCCUGUGUCCUAUUUUGAGUUUGUGGUUGAUCCAAAGUCUUUUUCUCGUACUGUGGAGAAUAUAUUUUAUGUUUCUUUCAUUAUAAGGGAUGGUUUCGCAAGAAUAAGGCUUGACCAAGACAGGCUGCCAAUAUUAGAGCCAAUUAAUAUUAACCAAGUGGGUGAGGGAAGUGACCCCAGUUCCCAUGGCCGGAAACAAGGAGUUAUAUCUUUGAGUUUACAGGACUGGAAAAAUAUCGUGGCGACUUUUGAAAUUUCAGAGGCUAUGAUCACAAACUCCUACUAAAUAUUCUUGUUCUUAGUAUAGGGUGCAUUUUGUGGCUUUUCUAAAGCAUCUCAAAAUAGAGUGUAAAAUCCCAACAGAAGCACAUAUUGUACCUCUUGUAAAGUGAAAAAGUAUUUUCCAGAACAUCAGAAAUUGUUUUACUGUGCAGUGUAUUUUUUUUCUUGGUAGUUUAUAAAGUUGUCAUGAUCUGUU